CAAUUUAAAGAAUAAAACAAAAAGCAAAUUUGCUACAAACAAAACCAAUAUAAUCAAGACACAAAUACAAGAUAUAAUGGGACCACAAUUAGAAGGUUUGACAAACAAUUAUGAUGAUGAGUGUAGUGACCAAGAUGAGGUGGUUUCUGAACAUGUUCGUUAUGCAAAUAACUGCGAUGACAGUGAAGUGGUCUUCAAUAAUGGGAAAUGGAGCUCCUAUACUCCCCAACAACUGAAGAGGCCCAAAACUACAAAGCUAUCAUGUACGAAAACGGUACAAAAUAAAAAAUAUAUUUCUGUUAACUAUCUACUAAUGGAAGAAAAGCUGAAUUUUUUGAUACUACAAAAAGAAAAUUCAUCGAAGAACACAAUAAAAAAAUGGAAAUAUAUAAAAAAAAGGUUCAGCUGUUAGAUUUACAGAUCAAUGCAUUCGAUAAGUUGAAAACAAAGGAUUUAUUUUGUUAAUUUCUGGAAUAUUUUCACUUGAACUCAAUGCCUUGUGCGCCUUUUUUGGG